AUGCAAGGCUUCUGUCUCUCACCGCAGAAAAACAAGACAUCGGUCACCUCGCUUCUCCAGCGCAUCUCAGACGCGCAUGCGCGCGCGCCGAGACCCGCCCCGGAAGAAAGGCUGGGACCUGAGUCGAUGAAGACAUCUGUUCACCUGCUUCGUUUCAACUGUGCUCACAUGCAGGAAAUUGCACACAGAAGAAUGGAAAUAUUUACUUUUCUCGUACGUGUACAAAGAUUCAUGUCUCUUCUUCAUUCUAAGAAAACUCUCGGGAGACACACACCUUCGGCUACUUCACCUAGAGGACUGCCGACAGCACACUGUACCACCUGGCCAGUCUCGUCCAAGGCUUCUCUUCAAACCUACCCCACCCCCUCCUUGCCAUGUUCGAUCUCGCCUCUACAAAAAUUGCUCUGGAAAAUCAGACUGCCUUGA